CAGCACAAUGUGCACAACACUAAACAUCGCUCCUGUUUCCUUCGCACGACUGAACACAGCGUAAUUUCCACAUAAUCUGGCGCGCCAAACAUAUUUGCAGUUUUUCCCGUUGUAUAACUUCCGUUGUAUUCCCGACUUCUCGUGAAGACAAUUUCUCCAGUGCAUCAUCUCCAUCGAGCAGUGAUAAUCCAAUUUGAAACCAUCAAGUGCCGACCCGGCUGUAUAUUCAGUGAGCGUAAAUUUAUCUGUAGUUACGGCAAGACGGUUAACCUUACUGAUCAAGUCGAGGCGCAGAUGCACAGAUAUUGUAGUAAUUGUACCUGCAUGGAUUACAUCGACCGUGGACUUCAAUGCGGCAUUUUUACAUGCUAGCUGUGGAAUAGAACACGUCCUGUUCCACCUAGCUGAAACCGGGAUACCGGUUAGCCGGGGAGAAAAUGGAUCGUUCAGACCACUGGAGUCCCAAUAAUCGUCGCUCAGGCUCCACGUGUGCGGCGGAUAGUGAAAGGGCGCCGCUGCUACCUCCACGGAGUGCGUCGAUUUGUGUGGCAGCUGCGCGUACUACAGCUGCUGUAGUGCAUCAGCCGUCGACGGCGGUUUCCAGUCCCGAGACACCGUUAAGACCGGUGGAGAUUCGGCGCAAAGAGAGUAUUAAGCCACCGUCGUUAAGCGCCCAGGAGAUUAAUGGCAGUCUACUAUCCAAUGGUGCUCUCGCGAAUGCCGUUAGUGAUGGGUUAUCACCUUAUCGGGAUGCAGUGGUCAGUCCUACAAUGGAGGAGGAAGAGGAAGAAACGACCCAAUGGGCGGUUACCUGCAGGGUAUGCAACAAUGAGAUCAUUAUCGAGAAGGAGGAGGGAUUCGUCGUUAAAUGUGGAGUUUGUAAUGAAGCAACGCCAAUUAGGAACGCGCCGGUUGGUGAAAAGUAUGUCCGCUGUCCUUGCCACUGUCUAUUGAUCUGUAAGGAUAGUUCCGAGCGCAUCGCUUGCCCACGUCAAAACUGUAAGCGCAUCAUCACCAUCACGGCCGCCGUCGAUGGUACCGGUCCCCUGUCCCAGUCUUUCGCCGCAUCCAACAACACUACACCGGGCACUUGUCAUGUAGUGUGUGUUCACUGUGGUCAAGAUUUCCUCUUCAAUAUCCUACACAAAUCACUGGCCAAAUGUCCCCAUUGUAAUAAGAUAUCGGCGGUAGGGAAUGUCUACCGUCGCCGGCAGUUACGUGUAUACUCCGUGGUGGCCUUCCUGUUCCUGCUGGUAACCGUCCUUGUGAUAGUGGGCACGUACUUUCUUGUCGCCGAAUCCGGUGGUAUCGUGGCGCUCUAUGUUGGACUCGUAGCCAUAACCGUCCUGGCUGCAGUGCGCGUUGUAUACUUCUUCCGGAUGAAAGUCAGUCAAGUGCAGGGCACCUUUUGAAUAAUACAGACACCACAACUGCUCUCCCGUCUUUCACACCAGUUUAUGGAGUUGGUGCAAUUCACAGCGCCAAUAUCGUCGCGGCAUCGUUAUAUUGGUGGAUUGUAUCCGAUGAUUAAUUAAUGUAAAGCGGAUAUGUGGCGUCAUGUGUAAUUGGUCCCCUCUCGCAGCAUCAGCAGCAACAUAUGCACACUGGCAAUAAAUGUGGCACUUACUGUAUUUUCAUCCCAAUAAGGAUGUUACCAAAGAUUCGCGCACUGGCACAUGCUCUGAAACAUAUGGCAAGUUCAUUCUAAUUUAAUUAAUACAGUGCUGGAGCAAAGUAGUUUUUGCGUUUAAUGCCAAGAGGAUUUAUUUUGAAUUGCUCGGAAAUAAAGUUCGCUCACAUAUUCGCGGCAUAUAAUGCU